GCUUACCAUGAUCUAUUGUACCGUCAUGCUCAACAUAGCCCGUCAAAAUCUUUCGAAAUGGCAUCAAUCGACAUCAUUGUUUACAAAGGCUCUCCUUCAGGACAUGUUCGAGAGUCGAGAAGGGAAAAUCGUCCGCUCUUGGGCAAGGAAGUGCUCGUGCAGAUUACACAUUCAGGUGUCUGUGGGACUGACGAGCAUUAUAAGUCACAGGACAUGGUGCUUGGUCAUGAGGGGAUCGGAAUUGCAAUUAAUAUUGGACCAGAGGUGAAGAGCAUACGGAGUGGGGACCGAAUCGGGUGGGGUUAUUGUCACGGCAGCUGUGGCAUAUGCUGGGCAUGUUGCAGUGGACAGAACCUCUAUUGCGAUGAAAGGCAGCUGUAUGGUUUUACUAAUUUGGAUCAAGGCUCGUUCGCUUCUCAUGCGAUCUGGAAUGAGCAAUCUUUAUUUCAGAUCCCUGAAACAAUCGAGUCAGCGCACGCGGCGCCCCUCAUGUGUGCUGGAGCUGCGGUCUACUCGGCUAUCCAGCGCGCAAGCGUUCGUUCGACUGACCGGGUGGGAAUCCUUGGUAUAGGAGGUCUGGGCCACCUAGCGAUUCAGUUUGCUGCAAAGAUGGGCUGCAAUGUUGUCGUGUUUUCGAAUUCUCCUGACAAGCGGAAUGAGGCAUUAUCUUACGGAGCGCACGAAUUUUAUGAUAUUAACAGCCUGGCUAAAAUGAGGACCGAGGGAACUGUCCAAUGUUUGCUUGUUACAGCGGCUAAGCAGCCGGAUUGGGCGAACGUUAUACCGUGGAUUCGACGGGGCGGUACCAUCAGUGCAAUGACGGUUGACCCCAGCGAGCUGAAGCUCCCCUACAUGGACUUGGUUAUGAAUGCCAUCCAAAUCCAAGGCAGUCUACCGGCGCCAUACCAAAUGCACCGGGAGAUGUUGGCAUUCGCGGCUCUUCACAGCAUCCGACCUACCAUAGAGCUGUUCCCUCUGAAUGGGGAAGGAGUCACAGCAGCUAUGGAAAAGCUUCGGCAGGGCCGAGUAAGAUAUCGUGCUGUACUCGAGCGAACAUAGAAAGACAUAGCUAUAGUGGUUGGGUUAAGGGGAGAGGACGAAGACAUGCGUUUAGUUUUAGUACCUAUGCUUUGGGAAAUCGUGAGUUGUUGGAAUAUGUAACGGGAGCAUGAAAAAAUUGAGACUUUUUUAAAAC